AUGUCUCUCUACUUUGAUGCGGUCAAUAUCCUGACCGAGCCAUCAUCUGGGGGCUCUUUCAAAUCCCGCAUCUACAGUUCACGGAAUCUUCGUGCACCUCCGGCCCAGAUCUAUGCCUUGAUCAUUGAAACGUCUAAAUGGGACCGCGUUCUCGCUGAAAUAAUCGAGAAGACCGAUCUUCUUCGUUUGGAGCGCAAGUUGAAUCCCCUGCUCGCUUUACUUUUGGUCCAUGACCAUCUCAUCGCUAAGAAGGGCAUCGCAGCUCCUACAGCGCAUGUGCUCCGCCAAGCUGUUGAGCGACACAAAGUCCGACUGAGAGCCGAGUUUGUAAAGGCGCGGGUUCGCCGAGGGUGCGCUUCAGUGGAACAAUUGAAGACGGCAGUCAUGCGGGAGAAGCGGGAAGCAAGCGGCACCGACGAUUUUAUUUACCCACGCUGGGUGCGGAUCAAUAAUAUUCUUACUACCUUCGACGACCAGAUGCGCACUACGUUCUCAUCCUAUCGAAAAGUCGAGUCGCUAGCGGACCUAGCUCCAGAGGAGGAUAACCGAGACGCGCGAAAACUGCUGUAUAUCGACCCUCACAUCCCGGACUUGGUGGCAGUCCCUUAUGGAGCUGAUUUUACAACAUCUUCCGCGUAUAAGAACGGAGAGAUUAUUCUGCAGGACAAAGCUUCAUGUUUUCCGGCUUACUUGCUUCUGGGCGAUCGUGGACUUGAGAAUCCUUGGGAUGGCGAUCUUGUGGACGGAUGCGCUGCACCAGGCAACAAGACCACACAUAUGGCGUCGCUUUUAGCAAAACAACGACAAAAGAACGAAGCUCGGAAACAGGUCUUUUGUAUGGAUGCAUCUAGGGUGCGUUCAAAAACGCUGCAGAAGAUGGUCUCGUUGGCAGGUGCCGAUCCUAUCGUCACAGUUCUACAGGGCCAGGAUUUCCUAGCUCUCGAUCCAACAGAAGACCGCUUUGAGAAUGUUUCAGGUCUCUUGCUUGAUCCGAGUUGUUCAGGAAGCGGAAUUAUUGGUCGAGACGAUGUUCCUCAGCUGAUUUUACCCAAAUCUACCACACUUCCGCCCUCCAAGCAUGGGAAGAAGCGUAAGCGUCAAGAGAAGGAGGAUGAUCAAGAUGAGCAAGAGACAAAAUCGACGGUAGUAGCUUCGAGUAUUUCGCCCUCAGACGAGAACGACAUUCCCGCCGAUGCGGUUGACCAGGAGCGGCUCACAAAGCUAUCAAAUGUGCAGGCAAGGAUUGUGGAACACGCUCUUAGUUUUCCCCGCGCAACCCACGUCACUUACAGCACAUGUUCCAUUCAUUUGAUCGAGAACGAGGCUGUCGUAGAGCGGGUCCUGAAGACCAAAGUCGCUAGAGAAGGCGGAUGGCGUCUGUUGCGACGGGAAGAACAGGCCGAGGGAUUGCGCAAGUGGGAGCAUCGCGGUGUCCGCGUUGACCGAGUCACAGAGGGAGCGGUCGAAUCAGAUCUUACAGUUGAUCUCUCAGAUGAGGCCUUGGAAGCCUGUGUGCGAUGCUGGCCCGGUGAUGCAGAAGGCCUGGGUGGAUUUUUCGUCGCUGGUUUCGUUCGCGAUCUGGGUAACGCUACUCCGGCCGUUAAAAUAAAAGAGUCCGAGGACAGCAGUGAGGGUGGUAGCGAAGAUCCAGAAGAAUGGGAUGGUUUCUCUGAUUAA